AUGAGCGGUGAGGUCAGUGAUAGUCAGGUCAGGCCCUAUAAAAAAUUCACGACGAGAAAAAAACCCGUGGUUAAAACUAGAAAUAAUGAUAGCAAUAAUGGUGUCGAUAAUGACGAUGGCUCUUAUAAUGAUAAUCGUUAUGAUCAUCAUGAUGUUAAUGAGGAACAUGUUACCGAAGAACACGUUAAUGAGGAAUAUGUUAAUGAGGAACAUGUUAAUGAGGAAUAUGUUAAUAAGGAGUAUGUUAAUGAGGAACAUGUGAAUGAAGAAUAUGUUAAUGAGGAGUAUGUUAAUGAGGAACAUGUUACCGAAAAACAUGUUAAUGAGGUAUAUGUUAAUGAGGAAUAUGUUGAGGAAUUAUGUUAA